CAUCACUUCUGACUUCCUACUGCGUCUCGCCAAGAAGGAGCAGCCAACCUCCCCUGGAAGGAUUCUUUAUUUUCAUUCUACCUUUGGAAUCAAGGAGCAAAUUAUUUCACAAAGAUGGGAAAGUUCCUGUUUGUUGUUGCUGCUGUGCUGGCCUCAUUCAUCGCUGCUGAAUCCCUGGUUUGCAACCAAUGCGGCUUCAGCGUGUUCGGCGUGUGCCUGAACUCGAACAGUGUCACCUGCAGCACCAACACCAGCGUCUGCUACACCGGAAAAGCAGCUUUCCCAUCGCUCACAUCCUUCUCAGGCUUCAGCAACCAGGGCUGCCAGAACACCACCACCGGCUGCAACGCCACCACCCAGAGCACCCUGCUGGGCGUCGUCUACAACACCACCAUCUCCUGCUGCAGCUCAGACAAGUGCAACCCCGUCACCAUCACCUCCGGAGCGCCGUCCACCAAAAUGGCCUUCACCGCCGCCGCCACCGUGGCCCUGCUGGCGUCAGUGUUCAGCAUGCACUGAUGCUUCCUUCUGAAAGUCUUUCUGUGUAUUUCUAAUAACUCAAGUUUGCACCAACUCAUACUACGUUCAGCCUCAGCUCAGGGUUGGCAUCGUGGAAGUUUAUCAAUGGGAUGUUUCAGGGAAACAUUGAGCUUGUAAAUGUACUGCGAUGUUUGUUUUUUAAGCUUAGUUGUUAUUAUUGUGAUUUUUGAAUCACAAAUGUUCUCAAUGCUUUUGUUUCUUGUCAAACAACACAAGUAAUAUAUGAUUAAAUGACAUCUCUGAAAAGAAUACAA